GAAACUGUAGUCUUUACAGGCGCUGAGUUGGAGCAAGUGAUACUUUGAGGACGAGAUCUGCUCAUUUUUUUAUUCUGGAGACACUCUGAAACAAAGGAUCAUUUAUAGUGUUGAGUGCUUUUACUUUUAGUUGGUUUAUAAGUCUGUCUACGACGGCUGGAAGUGCCUGGGCUCAGGUCGCAUCCUCACCAUGGAGGGGACCUGGAAGGUGGAGUUCAGGAACGUGGGCCGUACCUACUUUCCCCAAAGCCGAGUCGAGUGCCAUUACAGCUUAGGGCCCCAGCAUGUCUGGAGCAGCAGUGACUGGAUUGGGCUGUUUAAGGUGGGCUGGUCGUCGAUGAGGGAUUACCACACGUUUGUCUGGGCCCUGGCUCCGGCUGGGUACCAGGCGGGGGCGGCUGUGAACUGCUGCGUGCAUUUCCAAGCUUCUUACCUGCCCCGCCCUGGGGCGGACCCCUUCCAGUUCGUGUACGUCGAUGGGAAGGGGGAGGUGUGUGCCCGCAGCUCGCCGUUCACGUUCUGCGCCCCCAAACCACUGGAGGACCUGGUGACCCUGGAGCAGGAGGGGUCUAGCGAGGACGGGGGGGCAGACCUGCUGCUGGUGGUGCCGCGGGCUGAGCUGCUGCAGGGCCGGCUGGAGGACCUCCUGCGGGAGCGCGCCGAGCUGCUGCGGGCCCGGGACGCCGCAGAGCGGAGCCGGGAGGUGGAGAGGGAGCUGAGGGAGCGGGUGGAGAUGCAGACUGGCCUGGCCAGGGCGGAGCUGGAGGGCAGCGUGGCGGAGCUGAAGGAAAGGCUGACACGGACAAAGGAAAAGGUGGAGGAGUUGGAGAAGGAGCAGGAGAUGAUAUCUGCAGAACGUGAGGGUCUGAUGGUAGACAAAGCAGAGAGCCACAAAAGGAUCCGGGAGCUGGAGGAACAGGGGAAGAGCCUCAUGCUCAGGGGCUUGGAGAGGGAAGCCGAGCUGGACAGGAUGAGGGAGCGCAUGCAGAACCUAACGGCACAGAAGAGGGAUGAGGAUGAGGAGAUGCAGUGCCUGAAGGCUCAGCUGGAGCAGUCAGAGGCAGAUCUGCGCACCCUGGGGAGGGAGUUUCAGGAGCUGCGGAGCUUGCUGGCACAGAGGGACACGCAGGUGCUGCAGCUGAGGGGCACCAUCAGCACGCUGAGUGGCAAGCUGCAGGUCGCACAGGGGAAGGAGGAGGAGUGUGAGGCAGCCCUUAAGGAGCUGCAGGAGCUGCAGGGGCGUCUGGCCACCAGCGAGGGCGCUGCUGAGGGCCUGAAAGCAGAGCUCACCGCUAUCGCGGCCAGAUGCGACCAGAGCCGCCUGGAGGCCGCACAGCUCACCCUGCAGCUCGCUGACAGCAGCCUGGCCCUCCGGGAGAGCCGUGCCGCAUGGUUGCAGGAGAGAGAGGCGCUGCAGCAGGGUGUCCGGCUGGAGAAGGAGCGGGUGGAGAAACUUAGCAAAGAGCUGCAGCAGAAGGAGAAGUGCCUCCAGGAGGAGAAGAUGGAGAGAGAGAAGGUGGAGGUGGAGCUGGGAAGAGAGAGGGACUGUAGCAGGGUGCAGCUCAGUGAGUCGUGGCGGGAGCUGGAGGAUCUGAAAGCCAGUCUGAGGAUGGUGCAGAACGACAAGGAGCAGCUGCUGCUGGAGAAACAGGAGAUGCUUGACUACAUGCGGCAGCUUGAGCAGAGGCUUGAUGCUGUGGCUGAUGCCAAGUGGAGUGAAGCGGCCUUCUCCUCCAACAGUCGCCCUGACAGUCCCGUAUCUGAUUUCGAGGAUGAUGCCCUUGAAGCUGGAUUCCGCCACCCUCCCCCCCCUCUGGCCCCGCCCCUGGGUCCCUACGGCCUGUGCGAGGCUCCACUUUCAGAGGCACUGAUUUUGGGCACACCCCCCCCUUCGCCACGGGACCAGUGCCGUGGGACCGUGGUCAUCAGCCAGCCAGCGCCUCUCUCAUCACCACGGCAACCUGGCAGCGACAUCGCUACGCAGAGCUUGGACUCGGAGGAGGAGCCUGAAGUGGCCCAAUCAGAAGCAGCCCAAUCAGAAAUGGCCCAAUCAAGAGGUCAGAGUUCCAGAAUAGGGGCGACCUCGCUCCCUCUGGACCAGCGGGACUCCGCUCCAAGUGACUUUGCCGGCGCCCCCCUCUGGUAGUGUGUGGAAGUGCAGGAGCCGUGCUGGAGCCUGUUUUCCCCAACAUCCUGUGCAUUACGCAGUUUUAUACACAUUGACUUAGAAAUCCACAGAGCACAGCCGGUCCCCACCUGCAUAAUUCACAUGAAAUGCAAAGUACAGGAAUAAGGGUAUGGUUUUAUUGCCUGUGUGUGCGUGUGCGUGUGCGUGUGCGUGUGCGUGUGCGUGUGUGUGUGUGUGUGUGUGUGUGUGUUUGUGUGUUGUCAUGUGUACAUUACAUUGUAGGGGCCAAGUGUCCCCACAUUGUGAUAAAGCUCUAUUAUUUUAAUGUUGUGGGGACAUUUUUUGGUCCCCACAAGGGGAAACUUAAUUUUAUAAAUAUCUGUAAAUGCAAUCAAAAAACCAAAAAUGCCAAAAGUCUUGUAUCUUUUUUUGGUUACUUACGGUUAAGGUUAGGGCUGGGUAGGGGUGGAUAAUGCCCAUAUAAACAAAUGGAGAGUCCCCACAAAUACAUAGAUACCUAAUCUCUGUGUGUGUGUGUGUGUGUGUUUGCAGUUUUAAAAAUGGUUUGAUUUAAUCCAAUAGGCAGCACCUUACUUCACUUUAAUGGAGUGUCUUUGCAAACCACAACAGGCUUAAUGAUAUUAGUUCAGCAGUACAGAUAUGCACUUUUUAUCGCCUCAGACUGAUCUGCAAAGACCUGUUUUUUUUUGUUACACUGUCCAUUUACUUUUAUUUGAAAUAUGUUCAUAUCUGAAGGGAUGACAUCAUGUCGACAUCAACGAUAUAAAGGCGCGUGUUUGAAAGGGAGCAGUCUGUCGGGAACCCCCCCCCCCCCCCCCACACUCUGGUUAUACAUUGUGACGGCUGGCCCUUAGCCUGAUGCUGCAAUGGACAAGCUGUCAGUCGGAGUUGGAGAAUCGCUGCUUCACCAUCAGUGCUGCAUUUCACACCUGGUUUCCCUUUGUUGUAUUUCUGUAGGCAGCACAAGUGAAACCGGCGCAGUUCCAGUCGAGCGUUUUUGCGCCGAGACAUUUUCGUUGGUUCUUCCUGUCGUUAUCUGGGCAGUGUCUUUCUGUUACUCUAGCUGAUCAGCUGAGGCUCACGCUCUGUUACGCACAGCAAACUCGGCAAACUCGGCCACACAGGCCCACGGUGCUGCUUUUGGCUCCUGCACAUGCGCGUGUUACUUCUGGAUCAUGGUGUGCUCUGAGUUGUGACUGCGUUGGAGUGUGUCGUGUGGUUGCGUGUGGCAGGACAUCCAUGCCCAUCCGUUGUGGUGAACUGACUGUGUCCAGUAUUAUUCAUUGUCAAACUGUGUUAUUACAUUUUAGUGCAUGUUCGAAUCCUUUCUUUAUACCCUCCUCGUAUUUUUAGUUUGCUUUAUUACGCUUAAACCUUUUUGGCCCUUUAUGCUUGCCGUUGGCUGAUUGCACGCCUGGUUCCUCUCUGAUGCUCACCUCACGCAGCGGGGGGGGGCCAUUCCUGUGUGCGUCUGCGCCUCCGUGCUGCCGGACCUCACUAGACGCCAAAGCCCCGCCUCGUUUGAUGGUUUUUGAAAUUCUAUUUUUGGGUUUCUCUUAGUUAUGCCUCAGCCCCAAACGUAUUUCAUACGUCUGUAUCUCACAGUGUACAGUGUUUUCUGUAAUAAAAUGUCUGUGUAUGAAUGUCA